UUGCAGAAUAACGGUUCCCUGGUUUGGUGCCAGAAUAACAAGCAAUGUUCUAAGUGCCUGGAGCCCUGCAAGGAACCCGGAGACCUGAGAAAGCACCAGUGUCAAAGCUUCUGUGAGCCUCUGUUCCCCAAGAAGAACUAUGAGUGCUUGACCAGCUGUGAGUUCCUCAAGUACAUCCUCCUGGUGAAGCAGGGGGAUUGCCCAGCCCCUGAGAAAGCUAGCGGCUUUGCUGCUGCCUGUGUGGAGAGCUGUGAAGUGGACCACGAGUGUUCCGGGGUGAAGAAGUGUUGCUCUAAUGGGUGUGGACAUACCUGCCAGGUGCCCAAGAGUCUGUACAAAGGGGUCCCCUUGAAGCCCAGAAAAGAGUUGCGGUUCACUGAGCUCAAGUCGGGGCAGCUGGAGAUUAAGUGGUCCUCCAAGUUCAACAUUUCCAUUGAGCCCGUAAUCUAUGUGGUACAAAGAAGAUGGAACUAUGGGAUCCACCCCAGCGAAGACGAUGCCACGCAUUGGCAGACCGUGGCCCAGACUACGGAUGAGCGGGUGCAGCUGACCGACAUAAGACCUAGCAGAUGGUACCAGUUCCGCGUGGCUGCUGUCAACGUGCAUGGCACCCGAGGCUUCACCGCACCCAGCAAGCACUUCCGCUCUUCCAAAGAUCCGUCGGCACCACCAGCCCCAGCCAACCUUCGGCUUGCAAACUCCACCAUCCACAGUGACGGAAGCGUGACUGUGACUAUCGUUUGGGACCUCCCGGAGGAGCCGGACAUCCCUGUGCAUCACUACAAAGUAUUCUGGAGCUGGCCCGUCAGCAGCAAGUCACUCGUCCCAACGAAAAAGAAGCGGAGAAAGACUACCGACGGGCUUCAGAACUCUGUGACCCUGGGGCGACUUCAGCCGGACUGCGACUACACGGUGGAACUGCAGGCCGUCACCUACUGGGGACAGAUCCGCCUCAAGAGUGCCAAGGUGUCUCUGCACUUCACGUCCACACGCGCUGCCCACCACAAAGAACAGAUGGGGAAAACCAGAAAAGGGGUGGCCCCGAUACAGCCCCCUUUCCAACGAAGACGGCCCACCCGCCCCAUAGAGAUUGGAGCUCCCUUCUACCAAGACGGCCAACUGCAAGUCAAAGUCUACUGGAAAAAGACUGAAGAUCCCAGUGUCAACCGAUAUCAGGUGCAGUGGCUUCCGGAAGUCUGUGCUCACAACAGGACAGCUGGAGCAGAGACAUCCUCGGGCGUGACCCACGAAAAUUAUAUAAUUCUUCAAGACCUGUCAUUCUCCUGCAAAUAUAAGGUGACUGUCCAACCAAUACGGCCAAAGGGUCUCGCCAAGGCAGAAGCCAUUUUCUUUACUACUCCACCGUGCUCCACUUUGAAGGGGAAAAGCCACAAGCACAUCAGUUGUCCUGGGGAUUCAGGUCCCGUUCUCUCCAAAGUAUUUGCCAAGCCGGAGAACCUUUCUGCUUCGUUCAUCAUCCAGGAUGUGAACAUCACCGGCCGCUUUUCUUGGAAGAUGAGCAAGGCCAAUCUCUAUCAGCCCAUGACUGGGUUCCAGGUGACUUGGGCUGAGGUCACGACAGAGAGCAGACAGAACAGCCUGCCCAACAGCAUCAUCUCCCAGUCCCAAAUCCUGCCGUCGGAUCACCACGUGCUCACCGUGCCCAACCUGAGGCCGUCCACCCUGUAUCGCCUCGAAGUCCAAGUGCUGACCACCGGCGGGGAGGGCCCGGCCACCAUCAGGACCUUUGGGACCCCUGACCUCCCCCGCUCUGCAAUGCACAGACCCCGUCUGAAACAUCAUCAUUCGCACCACUACAAGCCAUCUCCAGAGAGGUACUAAACCGCUCCCGGCCUUUCUCGCAUUGACCGGAUGGGUAUGCUGGUUGGACUUCAGCCUCGAGACAGCACCCUUCAGCAGGGACCCCUCAGAGACGGCACAGUACGUACUUCUGCCAGUCACAGACCACACGGAAACAGUUGAUUAGUCAUCAGCGAGUGCAGA